GAAUGUUUUCAAUAAUUGGUUUAAGAGAAACACAUUGUUGAAUUCAGUUCACCAUAUCGAUACCUAUCCUUUGUAAUUAAAAUAUUAUUCAGGAUCAGACUACAUGCAAAAUGUGCAUGUAUACGUACUUCAAUAUGAAAUCACAUGGCACUUCACAAUUUCACACGAUUAUCUUGUACAGUUUUAGCUUGAAAUCAGAAGUUGUAAAAUAAAUCUGAGUUGAACUUAGUAAUAGUGUGUUAGGCCAUGUGAAUAAAAUCAUAAAACUCCAUGAUUUAGAUGUAUCGAUAUAUAAUUACCUAUGAAAAUUGCCCAUUAUUUGAAAGAGGGAUGACUUGCACAAAAAUUGAUACAAAUAAAUUAAAUAAUAUAAAGUACUUGUGUCAUUUUUUUAGUAUUGAAUUUGAAAGAUCAUUUUGUGCAUGCCUAAUUGAGGGAGAUAUAGAGGAUAAGAUAAAUAAAACAAUCACCAUGGAUUUUAAAAAGAAAGAUCUAAAAAAUGAAGAAACAGCACAAGAUCCUGAAGAUCAUCAAAAUACAAUUAAGAAAAAAAGAAGGAUAAUGUUUAGUCUGAUUAUUUUAUCAUUGACUUCCAUGAUCUCUCACUCUGCAUUCUUUUCACUAGUGAGCCUGCAGAGUAGUCUAAAUGGUGCUCAGGGACUGGGGGCCACAACUCUUAGCAUCAGAUCUGCAGCAACUGUUGUCUCUCAACUUUUCCUAUCUUCAUUCCUUGUUCAAACAUUUGGCGCAAAAUGGAUGUUUACUGUUGGCAUUUUCAGCCAUGGGGUAUUUGUGGCUGCUAACUUUUACCCGAGAACCUACACAUUAUAUCCAGCAAGUGUAAUAGUUGGUUUAACACAAGGUCUUGUAGCAACAUCAUUAGGAGUAUACAGGUCAACAAUAGCUUUGGAUUAUGCGGACUUAACAGGAGAGAAGGACCAAGUUGUUCUCGGGAGGUUCAGUGGCAUUUUCUUUUCCUUGUUUAACUCUGCUAGGAUAUGGGGAAAUUUGAUAUCAUCGUUAGUCUUACAACAACAGCAAGCUCCAAGUACAACAUUGAACUCUACCAAAAUGGUAACAACCUGUGGGGCAAACUUUUGUCCAUAUGAGAUUGACACAAUGGGUAAUGAGACAACAUUUCAAAGGCCAGAAGAUGGAAGGAUGUACACUUUACUGGGCAUUUAUCUGGGAUUUGUUGUGGUUGCAGUAACCAUAGUAAUCUUAUUCCUCGCACCAGUUGAGUCUAAAACCAAGAAAUCAUCAUCAGUUGGUAUGAAGAUUCUUGGUACAAUGAAAUUGCACAAGAAUGUGAAGCUGCUCCUGAUUAUCUCACUGUUCCUUUACAUUGGAUUCAAGAAUGCAUUGAUGCAGAGUGACUUUACACAGUCGUUUGUGACAUGUGAGCUUGGAGUAGGAUUUGUUGGUUAUUCCAUGCUGUUCAUUGGUGUUUCCAACACAGUGUUUGCCUAUAUUGGAGGCUUCCUACAGAAAUACCUUGGCCGUGUGACAAUGGUAUUUAUGGCUGCAUUAUCCCAUACUGCAGUCAUGGCAGCUAUGUUGUUCUGGACUCCUACAGCAACGCAGCUGCCAAUGUUCUUUGUGCUGCCAUUCGUGUGGGGUGUUGGAGAUGCAGUAUGGCAGACCCAGCUUAGUGCAACAACUGGGAUUCUGUUCGCAACAGACAUGGAGACAGCAUUCAGUGCAAAGAACCUGUGGCACAAUGUAGGUUCUACCCUUGCCUUUGCAUUAAGCAGCAACUUGUGUAUGUAUGCUAAAGUACUGACAAACUUGGGCAUCCUGCUACUUGGAAUAGUCAGCUAUAUUGCCAUUGAGGCACUCAUGAAGUAUAGAUGGCAAAAAGAACAUGAUCUUGAAACUUAUAAUGAUAGUCCUACCAAAAAGGAAAUAUAUACAAUUGAUGGUAAAUUUUCCAUCACUCAGUAGCUGAAUAUAUACUGUGAUUUUGUGUUUGAGCAAAACGUGGACUGUAGAAAAUUAAGAGUGAGCGAGAGAUUGUGACUACAAGUGGUGAUCAUUAACAAAGUAUAACAACUCUUUUUGCUUGAAAGUUUCUUAAAGACUUGACUAAUUCUCUUAAUUCUUUUCCACCAGUGCAGAAAUCAUCCAAUGACGAAUUGCUAUUACAAAUACUAAAUACAUAAUAGUACAAGCAUUUAGUAACAAGUAGUAUAUGUUUAAUCAUUUUUCUUGACCAUCGUUUUUUACUGUUUAGUUAUGGUGAUCCAUUACUGAUUGAACACCCCUUGUAUAUGCAAUAUUAUGCUUCAAAUUUUCUUGAAAUAACAUGUGUCAAAAAUAAAGUAAGUAAGUAAGUAAGUAAUUUCUGGCUAGUUUCCCUCAUAAUAAGAGACCAUGGGCAUUUCUUUGAAUGUGACAUACUAUCAAGUAUUCUGUUAUGUAAAGCAUCACUUGGUAGUAAUAAAUGGAAUACAAAAAUAAUUCAGAAUAUUAAUAAUGACUUUUGUUAACAUGGUUUUACUCUCAAAUUAGAGUUGAUUAGUGUUGGUAUUAAUGCCAUUUUCACAAUAACAAUUUUAGCAAAAAUGUGUUAUAAUGUAUCUACUAGUUGUUCAACUUGACCCACUUGUGGACCAAAGCACCCAUACAAUCUAUGAAUGCAUGUACUGCACUUUAAGGGGAAACAAAUAAGAUGAGUUUGGAUUGGGAAGCAUUUUAUAGAUACAACAGCAACA